AUGGCGGAGGUGCUCGGAACAGUCGUUGGAGUUGUUUCCCUCGUCAUCCAAGUGAGCUCGGCUAUCAGUGCAUACAUCGAAGGAGUCCAGUGCCGCAAAGAGGAAGUUGAAUCAACCAUUCGGUAUCGGAGAUCAUUUCAAUUGCUUUUAACCCAGAUCGGUACGCUCAAAGAUAAUCUUCCGACGUCGUCCGUUCCAAGCACAAUAGCCCUGGAUGGAGCGCUGAAAGCUGCCGGUGCCCAAAUAUUACAGCUUGAUUCAUUCAUGGGCAAGGUUCUAGUUCAGGACUCGUCUUCAUCAUCUGAGACGCCAGCCAGCCACAAGUUCCGCGAUCAGAAGAAACAGCUAUUUUACCCUUUCCGCAGGGACCAGUUGAUUUCACUGGACAAGAGACUCCAAGCAAUAAACAUUGCCCUUCAGUCAGCGAUGCAAGUAAUGGAGUUGGAAAUAUCAAUGGCCACGCAAGUCUCCGUCCGCCAAAUUCACGAAGAGACAUCAAUGGCAAACACGAUGCUGCUCAAUAUCAAGACUGACUUCGCCCGGAGUAUUCAGCAAAACAGAAGCCAUGAUCUGGCGAUUCAGAACGACAUGGACGAGCUGAAGUCUACAGUAGAAGCGCUGGCAUCUUCGAACUCUGACACUUUGUUGACCAUACAGAGAUUGAUAUCAAAGCCGGAUGUGCUUAGAACCGUCUGGUCAAGAACCAUCGACUAG